UUGAGAUCUUGACGAGCGUUCGGCUUAGUGUUGCCAUUGACCAAGGACAGGUCGGAAUGGGACCACGGAGAAGAGUUCAGCAACAGGAUGUAUUAAAGAAAGGGUUGCCUUGGACCGUACUGCCUCAACCUCUAUACUCUCCUAUCGGAAUCUUUGCAACAGGCAACCCAAACCCAACAUUUGACCAAAUUUCUACUCGAGUAUCUGCAACAAAAAUGGGAAGCCGAGGCGUCAUGACCUGGCUCGACAAGCUGGAAGAGCAGCUCAACGUCGACGUCGACUGGAUGGACCCCGAGUACAUCAAGAGCAUGCCGAUCGUCCCCCACGACCAGACGAGCAACCAGCUCUGGGUCGACAUCCAGCUCGGCCACCCGUCGAACAGGGACCUCUUGUUGGAGACGGCCAAGGAGUUGAAGGACGAGGGAUGGCUGGCCAUCUACACCCGAAUGGUGCGUAGUCGGGCCCCUUCUUUCAUCGUUGUCACCUUGAUGCAAAACAAAAGGGACCAUAGUAUCAAGCUGACCAGCCCCCCCACCCCCGGGGAACAUGUCCAGGCCGUCCUCAUGUGCAAGAAGAACAUCGACUCCAUCCGGGGCCGGGUCCUGCUGCAGACGCUCCCGUCCAACGCGUACAAGACGCAGGAGACGCUCGACCACGCGCGGCUGUACGACCGCGAGUUCGCCCGCGCCGGCGUCGGGCGCGACAGGUACUGCAUCAAGAUCCCCUCGACGGGGCCGGCCCUGAACGCCGCCAAGGUGCUCUCUUCCGAGGGCAUCCCGACGCUCGGGACGGCGCUGUUCGGGCUCCCGCAGGCCAUCGCGUGCAGCCAGGCGGGGAUGCUGUACAUCAGCCCGUAUUACAACGAGGGGAGAAAAGAGGUGCGAGCCCAUGACGAGCCGGAAGCGCUGUGGCCCGACGUCAAGGACCCGGCAACGCAGCACCCCAUGUCGGCGAGGAUCGUCCAGAUCAUCGAGAUGUACAAGCGGCUGUACAAGGAGACGGGGAGAGAGCAGCCUCUCGUGAAGAACGCUAGCUUCAUCUCGGCCAAGGAGGCCAUGGCGGCUGGGGAGAUGGGAUGCCACUCGGCGACCAUCUCGCACACGGUGCUCGACCAGCUGGCGAAGCUGCCGUACGACGGCGCCGCUCAGCCGGGUGAGGGCGUGCCGAAGCCCGCGCACGUUUAUAGGGACGCCGGGCCGCCCCCGGCGCGGCUGAGGAGGCUCGUCGAUGUCGACCCCCUGGCGCCGGCCGGGUGGGACGGGAAGCCGGCGGCGGCGGCGAGCGCCACCAACGUCGACUAUCUCGGUGACGGGGGCGCCGAGCUGCAGAGGGCCAUCGAGGCGGACGCCAUCACCGCGACGCGGCUGGCGGAUGCGCUGAAGCUGUUUAUCGGCGGCGAGGAGAGCAGCCGGGCCAAGAUCGAGGAGGUUCUGGGCAAGAUUUGA